GUAAGGACUGUAUGGUUGCAGAUCUCUAGGGAAGUGAUUUUCUUUCAAAUCCCGCCUUCUGCUUUGUUUUCGCAGGAUGUGGUGUCAAGUAUAUUCAAGAAAGAGGCGACCGUGGGAGGAAUCAAAGAAUACUCAGCGACCGUUGACACUCGGAUCCUCAACAUUGAAAGGGAUGGAGGAGUCCUCUACUCCUGGAAAGGGGCGACAGGGACCACCAGGAUCGGGAAAUACGACCCCAAUACCAGACAGAAUAAGCUCCUCUACACUUUUUGACAAGCAGGUGUGUGUCAGCAGCUGUUCUCUGAAUAAGGAGGAGACUCUGCUGGCGGUCAGUUUGGCACAGUGGACAAGGACAGAGGAGCGCCUCAGACCAGUUACAAAAUGUCUGACCCUCCUCAUUGAGAUCCAUCCCAUAAACAACAUUAAGGUCCUGAAGGCUGUUGACUGCCGGGUCAGAGUUCAGUUCAUCCAUCCAGACACAGAGAGGGACUCAGUGCUGGAGAGUCACCUGCUGCUGGUAGCAGAAGAUGGCUAUGUGGAGCAGCUCCAUGUGAUGCUGGUCAGACAGGAGGGUUACAGAGUGGUGAUGUUGAACCCAGAGUGCCUGGCCAAAGACAGGGUGGCAGAGGAGUUCAGCUGGGUCCAGUGGGACAGCCAGACACAGAGACUCUUCUACCUCACAUACAGGGAAAAAGCUGUGCUGAAAUGUGUGCAAUUCUACCAUGACCACAACUGUGAGACCUUGUUUGAGCUUGCACUGGAGUUGCCCUUUAACCCUUUCACCUGUAUGAGGUUUGUUAACCUGGGCUUUGACCAUCACCAAGAGACACAGCAUGAACGAGAGGAGAUGAGGAUGGUGGUGAUCACCAAUAAAAUAGGGAGUAUGUGUGUGUGUUACAUCCAGCCUGCUGGGGCCAACCAGGAGAUCACAUACACCAUAGUCCUGGUGCACAGAGGAUGCAGUAAAACGUUCUCAGUGGCGCUGGAUGACACCCCUAUUCCAUGGACCACAGAGCUCCUCCCUCUAUUCAUCCCUAUUGGUUACUACGUGGUGGUCUACCUGGCUGGUCACUUCCUGCACUGUAUCAACACCAGACAACAGGAGCUGCUCUGCCACAGUCUCUUCCUCUCAGGUGUUGAUGCAGAGCUGGGUGUGUUGGGAUCAGACAGUGUGGUGUUGUCUCUACCUGAGUCCUCUCUGCUGGACCUGAACACAGGCAUGAUGUACACUGCAGACCUCAACCCCUCAUUUCUACUGGACCUACUGCACUGCAGCCACAGUAGACCUGACGCCCAACGCCUGGCUGCACUGCACUGUCUGCAGCUCUACAUGGGGCCCAACGCUACACUACAACUGAAGAUCAUAGAUUGGAUCUGUGACAAUGUGAUGCCGUUCGACACCUUCGAUCAAAUUCAGGAGUUUAUUCUGGCGUCACUGUACAGGAUCAUCUAUAAGAAGUCUCUCAGUCUGGAUGAAGUUCUACCCUACUCCUCUGUGUUUGAGAAGAAGAAGGUACCUGAGAAUCUAGACCAGGUCCCUGGUGUCACCUGCACCACAGAGCUCCAUGCUGAACCAGUGUUCAAAGGAAAGGCCAGAAGUCUCCAGGGCUAUUGGGAAGAGCUACAGUGGAGCACAGAGAAGAUGAAGUACUUUGAGGCGGUUCCAAACCCACGAUACAGAACAUCUCAGAUUCUUCCAGAAUGGACCAAGCUGCUCGCUACCCUGAAGUCGGAGAAGAAGAAGUCUUCUAACUAUCUGCGUCACAUUGAGGAGAACACCAGGAAAGUUCUGUCGAUGGUGGACAGCUGGAAUCUAGAUCAGAAAGUGGUUCUGUUGUUCCAGGAGGAGGACAGCCAGCAGAGGGCGCUCAUAGGCCUGAUGGUGGACAAGCUGAGAGAGCACCUCAACAGACACCUGCCUCGUCUGGGGAAGAAGAAGAUCGAUGUGCUGGUGGUGAACUACGUGGCCAAGCUGCUGGAGCUGAUCAGACACAUGCUGGAGUCUGUAUGGCUGAAGUACAAACUGGGCCCUCUGGUGCUGUGCUUAAAGCAGCAGGGCAGUUCAGCAGAGUGGGCCGUGUUUCACCUGAUGUGUCGGAUACUGGAGGCUACAAAGACUCUGUGUCUCCCCCUCCCUCCUGGUAAGAAGAACCCUGUUGAACCUUCUCAAUAUAACAGUGCUUAUUCAU